ACUUCUUAUAGCCUAGGCUGCCACAGCAGCCCAGCCAACCCAGAUAAUAUACCACUGAGCUGGGUAAGGCCAUGGUCUUACCUCGCAGGGGUAUACUGUCACGUAACACACCCUCUGCACACCUCAUUCCCCAGGUCAUCGAGGAGCAUAGGAAAAAUGCAGGUGUAUUAUGCCCAGAGGGGGGUCAGGUGAAACACAAUUGACACAAACACCCACCCUUUUCACCAGCCUUGGGUCAAUCCAGUGAGCACAGACUGUGAAAAGGAGCCCAACAUGUUCAAGUGAUAGAACCAUAUGAAUACACAGGACGUAGUCCACAACACUGCUGUGCAUUGUUCUUGACACUCAUCCUACUAAACAACACUGCCACACUGCGUGUAGAGUGUGCACAGAUCACAGUGGGGGGUCACUUCCUGCCUGCCUAUAGACUUGGGAGAUGCACUCACAAAGCCACCUGGCAAGAUGUUUCUUGGAUAGGGCUUUUCCAGCCACACCAUCCCUGUAGCACAGCUGAACAGUUGCUCUGUGUGUCUGAUGGGGGCCAUGCGCACAACAUAACAUGCCAAUGCACAUACUGGGCACAAUAGAUGCAAUUUUGCCACCCUGACAUGCCUUUGGGGGGGAGGACAAUAUGCUUCUAGCUGAAUAGUUCUUGAAAAAAAAAAUGAACUCCUUAUGUUCUUGGGAACAAAAGAGGGGUUCGGUCUGAGAGUAGCACUGCUUUGGUCACCACGAAGCAGCAGACAGCUGGGAUGAACUGACAGGGUGCUCCACUCACACAAUCUCUUAGCUGAGGUCAGAGCAAGCAGCAAAGCUGUCUUGAGUGACUUCUUCAGAGAGGAGUGCUCCAGAGGCUCAUAAGGAUCCUUGACUGAAGUACUAGAGGCAGUUCCCAUUGGGGGGUAGAAGCAUGCAUCACCCAGCGUUGUCUCCUGACCCUUGCAAGAAAUGUUUCACAAGAGAGUGGAUAAAGACAGGUCUGUCGCCAAAAUUCUUGUGACAGGAAGAGAUGGCUGCUGCAUACACUUUAAUAGUGGCAUGAGACAGCCCUCUAUCCAGAAAGCACUGCAAAAAGGAGAGAAUAUAGCCGACUGCACACGUCAUGGAAUCUAACCUCCUUUCCUUGCACUAGCGUUGGAAUCCCAACCACUGUGUUCUUUAACAGGCAGUGGAGGAUCCCGCCCUCACCACCUGAAUGGUCAGUACAACCCAUACAGACAGUCCAGCCUAAAUCAGUCUGUCCCUUUCAAGAGCCAAGCCUGGAGGGGCUGGCCCAAAAUGGACAGCACACCUAUCACCGAUGCCUCCUCAGACAGAACCGCACAAAACUGGGGAAUGGUCCAGGGCUGGGCCACCCUUUGACGGCCCAGUCGGCCCCCCUGUUCUCCAUUCCUGGGAUUUGGAGUGCCUUAAGAGACAACAAAUGCAGCAGACCGAACUUUGCCCUGCCUGUUGAUGUAGGCCAUCGCAGUGCGGUUGUUGGCCCUCACUAACACAUGUCUCCCCUGUAACAGGGGCUUGAAGUGUUGGAGGACCAAAAACAUGGCCCGAGUUCAAGGAAGUUGAUGUGUCAGCUCUGCAUCGGAGGCCACACUACACCUAUUGCUCUCCCCAGGCAAGUCCCUCCCCACCCCAUCAGGGUGAACACAGUAACAUAGGAAGUCACUCAUCCCAGUGGUGUUCCCUGUGACAGGUGCUGUGAGGACCCCGGUAUUACAGGUUGUCCUGCACUGGGGAAAUGGUCACCAAGCAGCACUUGUGCUUCAUGGCAUCCAAGCAAAGACUGGCGAACUACCCCUGCAGGUGCCACAUGUGCAGCAGUCCCAGCGGCACCACCACUUGCGGAGCAUGAGAAGUGGAGGUGGCAGGAGCUAUGGGUGCUCUGUUCCGCCGCCACUCUCUCUUUCUCUCUGUCACGCUGUUACGCCUCACCUCAUCCCCUCUCUAAAGGUUGGGCGAGUGACCGAUGAUAGCUAAGCUGCGACCUCUCCUCCUCCAGUCAUUUGAGGUGCUGAGUAACCAAUGAAAUGGGUCAAAAGGGCCUGCUGUGUCAAAUAUUCUAGCGUCACUCCUUGACAAGCAGUAGCAGUGGUAGCGGCUUCCUGUUCGAUGACCAGCUGGCUGCCUGUGGAAUCAGGUGGGCAGCGAGGGCUGUGUCAAGGUGGGGUAAGUAGCCUCCAUGCAGCCCUACACUCCGAGAAAAUCUAAAUCUGCCAAACCUGCAACUGGGGCUUUUGCCUUAAAUGGCUACUCUCAGGACGCCUCCAUAUAUUGCCAGUUGUCUGGGAGGGGAAGCAACACAAAAGCCACUAGAGUUGGUUGAGCUGCUCAGUAGAAACCCUCACAGAGACAGCUCACUGGCUUGGGUGGAAGUGUUACCCCAACAUGGCCCGCUACAAUGGUCAUCACUUGCGGGAAGUCCCAGCGGACCAAUGCCAGCAGCGGAGCAAGUCAAGUGGAGGGCGGAACCUGUGCGAGAUAGAACAGCUCAGACUAACAUGUGUGUUUUCAGCAAUAGCAGCAUCUGUGGCAACCACCAUAGCAAUGAUAGAAUACGUUGCAUUCCAAAAAUGUUCUGGCAAGACCUGAAAUAAUCUUCAUAAUAACUAGCAAACUAAACACCAUAUACGUUCACUGAACAAAGAUUAUGAAAGUAAAAUCUAAUUUCUCGCUAGAAAUGUUGAAAUACAUUUCAACAUUUUAAUGCCGAAACUAGCUUGAGAUAUUCCUUUUUCCACUGAAAAUAAAAGGAAUGUGGGUGCAGGCCAAUAGGAAAGAAUAGGCCAAAAAACAACAUAGGCUUCUCACAAGUUAUUGUGUUUUGUGAUGUGGAUCAACAUUAUUACACAUUUUGAUGUAAGACUGGGUUGCAUCAGGAUGCUGGGUGGACUAAAAAUGUAUUUUAUUUUUAUUUAUUUUUAAACUGAGGUAGGUUGAUAGAGAUUUAAUAUAUUUAGACAAAUUCCCAGUUUACAAAUUUAAAUCAGGAACAAACUGUAGUCAGGCUUAGCACACCCGACUAUAGUUGCCAUCUUGGUAUUAUGCAUGAGAAAAGAAAUGCGUUGGUUUGGGAAGACUGGUAUCAACCUAUGCAACACCAAAAUGACCUUUUCCUGUAUGCAUAGCCUGGUCAGGCUUUAUAAAUGGAGUCAGCAUGACAGAAAAGCUAAGGAGACUUGAAGAAUACAGACAGAAUGAACAUGAUGACAGUCAUGCAGCAGGGUAUAUGGGCUGUGUUGCUCUGGCCCUACCUUCUUACCGUAAGCAUCCCACUAGACUGUAAGGAAGAGCAGGGCAGUCUCUCCCGCUGCCCCUCCAUCUCUCAAGAGAAACUUCUAGACAGAGUCAUCCAGCAUGCUGAGCUCAUCUACCGUGUCUCAGAAGAAUCAUGUUCUUUGUUUGAGGAGAUGUUUGUCCCAUUCCCACUGCGGCUUCAGAGGAACCAGGCAGGCUACACAUGCAUCACCAAAGCCUUACCCAUCCCCAGCUCCAAAAGUGAAAUCCAACAAAUAUCUGACAAAUGGUUGCUCCACUCUGUUCUGAUGCUAGUCCAGUCAUGGAUCGAGCCUUUGGUCUACCUGCAGACCACACUGGAUCGCUAUGAUGAUGCUCCCGACAUGCUGCUCAACAAGACCAAGUGGGUGUCUGAGAAACUGAUCAGUCUGGAGCAAGGAGUGGUGGUCCUCAUCAAGAAGAUGUUGGAUGAGGGGAUGUUGACCACAACCAACAGCGAACAAGGCCUAUUCCAGUACGAUGUGCAGCCAGAGAUGCUGGAAUCUGUUAUGAGAGACUAUACCUUACUCAGCUGCUUCAAGAAAGAUGCCCAUAAGAUGGAGACGUUCCUCAAGCUUCUCAAGUGUCGACAAACUGACAAAUACAACUGUGCAUAAAACAUAAAGUACAGCUUUUAAAUAAUACAGUGUUUAGCUUUAAAUGAAUUCCUGGGGUUGGUAGCCAUGCACUUAUAGAUAAGACCAUGCCUUAGGCGAUUCAGCCUUGCUUGCAAUGCAGUACAUUCUUUAUUGAUUGUUUUGGAACACCUUCACACAAAACUAAGUAGGUGUAAUGCUGUGCCCUUUCUUCAACAUACUGCAUUUUAUAUUUCCCUGCUCAGUUGUUAUUUUAACCUGGCAAAGGCAACACAGGGCAAACUCCCCAAAGAUUAUUUGCGCGUUGAGCUGUCAAAAAAAUCUGCAUAUCCUGCCAUUGAUUUCCAUUUCCUUUGUUCUUAACUGGAGUUUGUAUUCCUCGCUGGCUCUCGCAGUGUUUUGAUUAUUCCCACGGCCCCUAGAGUAUUCAAUGAGACUCCCUUUUUAAAUGGAGUUGGUUUCACUUCUGCAUUAGUGAAAUGAAACACUUUCACCGGAGACGGGGAGUCAAACAGAGAGCAAUCACUUCUUAAAAAAGAGACACAUUUUGGUUGGUGAAAGAGACUUUGAGAGAGACAGAGAGAGAGAGAA